AUGGCUUCGCACGUUGUCGUGAUAGACUCAGCUGCUCGAAGGGCUACGGUGAAAGUCACUCCCACGAAACAUCUCACUGAGGUUCUUUCGGAAGCAUGUUCCAAGCUCGGGCUUGAUGCUCGCCAGUAUGGACUCAAGCAUCAGAAGAAACAGAUCGAUCUCUCGCUAUCUAUACGGCUAUCAGGCCUAAGCUCCGGUGCUAAACUUGAGCUUGUGCAGCUUUCCCGCUCCCCCUCCGUCGUCUCUGUUGCCUUACAGCUUCCCGAAUCAGAGGCCCAGGGUGCCCCAAAUGGACGUUUGACGGAUAAAUUCCCAAGUAAUACUACGUUAUGGCAUGUGUUGCGGAAAUUCGAAGCUGGGGUGGCGGGGAAUGGAACCACGAGAAACUUGACUGCUAGGGGUGUACCGUCAGCCGCGACUGGUACGGGACGGCUGUUUUACGAAUCUCCCGUUAUCCAGGUCGUAGGGAGGGAACUAUCGACAUUUUCAGAUCUGCAGAGAACUCUUGGGCAGCUGGGGUUCAAUAGCGGCAGCACACUGCUCAGACUGAGCUUCCGGACGACUGAUAAGCCUCUUGAAGAGGCAAUGAUGGAGAUUGGGGAAUACUUCAAGUCCGUGGAGGAAGAGCAGGGCGACAGUGGCGCAAAAGCUGCUGAGAGUUCCAACCGCGAAACUCCUGCUUCGUCAGGCCCGGAAGUGCCAACGCCAGAGUCAACGUCUACAUCAACCCCAUCCAAUAUUAUGGAUACCACUCCCGAACAGCCAGCUACACCAGAAGAACGUCAACAACAACCCCCUUCGCCAACGACAAUUGUAUCAUCAAGACCUACCACCGUCUACGCCCCACCGUCAAGCACAGUACCACAAUCCGCGCAAACACCAUUCAACGAACACGACUACAUCCCUACCGUCAACCAUGCAAAAGCCCACCAACUCCACCUCAACCGCACUUCCCGUCCAAACCGCCUCCCCACCGACGCAGAACUGGCCGCCAAAGCAUCCGCCCAGGAAACUAAGCUCGCCAGCGUCGCCGACGUCGAAGUCAAGAUCCGCUUCCCGGACCAGAGCCAGGUGGUCUCCAAGUUCACCAGGGAAGAUACGGCGCAGGGGCUAUAUGCCUUUGUCAGAAGCUGUCUAGAUGGUUCUAUAGCGAGCGAGGGAUUCUCGUUAUCUUUCUUCGCUGCUGGCGCGGCCGGUGCCGGUGCGGGCGCAGGUUCAGGUACCCAGCAUUCGUUAUUAUUAAAAGGUCAAUCGGUAAUCCCCGACGUGGCUGAGAAACUCCUCAUUCGCGAUCUACGCAUGAACGGCCGCGUGCUGGUGAAUUUCUCCUGGGCGAAUAAUGUCUCGUCGAAGGCGAAGAUCGCGUCGACUCGUGGGCAUAUCCUCCGCCCGGAACUACGGCAGGUUGCUAGCCAGAUCAAGGUGCAGGAGGUUGCUGCUGUACCUAUCGAUGAUAAGGAGGAUAAGUCUUCGUUGCAGAGGCUGGGCGGUGGCGGUGGGGAUCGGGCGAUGUCUGGGGGAAGGAAAGGGGGUGGCGUACCGAAGUGGUUGAAGUUACCGGGGAAGAAGUAG